AUGGCAACUUAUCUACGUUACCCAGGCAAGGUGGCAAUAGUUACUGGCGGCACCAGUGGCAUCGGCCUGGCCAUCGUGAGAGAAUUGGUUCGUCAAGGUGCCAAAGUGGUCUUCUGUUCCCGAGCAUCUGGAGCGGAAAGGGGACAAGCAAUCCAGAAGGAGCUGCAGGAUUCUGGGUUCCCAGGCGAGGCGUUCUACCAAGUCUGUGAUGUCACCAAUGAGGCAGACAUUAAGAGGUUGAUUUUGGUAACUAUUGAACGUUAUGGAUGCCUGGACUGCCUAGUGAACAAUGUUGGAUAUGCUUAUUCUGAAAAGAUAGAUGGUGCCCAAGACUUCCGCAACCUCAUGGAACUCAACAUUGUGAGCUGUUUGUUAGCCUCAAAGUAUGCACUGCCCUACUUACGUGAAACAAGAGGAAAUAUCAUCAACAUUUCCAGUAUCGCCGGCGUUAUUGGGUUGAGGAAUCUUGUGUCAUAUUGCACGAGCAAGGGUGCUGUGAUCGCAAUGACCAAAGCCCUGGCCAUAGACGAAAGCAAAUACGGAGUACGAGUCAACAGCAUCUCACCAGGAAAUAUCAGGACUUUAAGGAGGGAAAAGUUUUUAAAUCAGUCACCGGAUCCAGAGGCAGCAAUCCAGGAAGCCAAAGAUCAUCAGCUUGUGGGACGUUUUGGGACCCCAGAAGAGGUGGCCUUGGGCGUCCUGUACCUUGCUGCUGAUGGAACUUUCUGUACUGGUUUUAACCUCAUACUGUGGAGCAGAAGUUGGCUUUGGGAAGAAGAGUGA